UCACAGGCACAGAACAAAAAAAGUUGAGCGCAACGAUAUGUAGACGGACAGUUGGGAGGUUUUUUUUUGUUCUAGUUGUGUUGCGACUAAUCGAGUCCCACCAGUUUGUGCAUAUAAAGGUGAGCGAGGCUGCACUGAGGGGAUCAUAAGGAGACGACGGAGGCGCUUCAAGCCCGGGGAAAGAAGUGCCGUGAGAAAGAUACGGUCUCUUUCACACACACAUACACACGCACACACACACACACACACACGCACACGCACACACACUCUCACACACACUCCACUCACUCACUCACACUCCACCACAGCCGCGCCCGGAUCACAUCCAGCAGCGAGGCGCUCUCCCUGCUCUCCUGCUAUAGCAUGGCCAGUUCGAGUAAAGCGACUUUAAUCUUGCUCAUCUACGGAAUCUUAAUGCACUACAGCGUCUUCUGCACACCUAUCGGACUAAGUUACCCUAAGAUUAGACUUGAAAACGACGCCUUCGACGAGGAUGGGAAUUCACUAUCCGACAUGGGCUUCGAUAGCGACCAGAUUGCCAUACGAAGCCCACCGUCCCUGAGCGACGACUCGUACUCCCUGUACUACCCGCCGGAGAAGAGAGCAGAGAGGCAUGCUGAGGAAGAAUUAGAUAGAGCCUUGAGGGAGAUCCUGGGUCAGUUAACAGCGAGACAUUAUCUGCAUUCUCUGAUGACAAUUCGUGCAGGUGAAGACAACAGCAUGGAGGACGAGUCGGAGCCCUUGUCCAAAAGACACUCGGACGGGAUCUUCACCGACAGCUACAGUCGCUACAGGAAGCAGAUGGCCGUGCAGAAGUACCUGGCGGCGGUGCUGGGACGCAGGUACAGACAGAGAGUUAGGAACAAAGGACGUCGACUCGCCUAUUUGUAGCGUCGUCGCAAGCGGCCGAACCGCCCCCUCCUGCUGUACAUACAUCCAGUCGUUAACUCAAAGUCAUUCAGAUAUAUCUGACCAACCAGUGGAUUGCGCCUGUGUUCUUUCAACAUGUAUUUAUGUAUGAAGUAAAGCCAUUAAAAUGAAUAUUUUAAUAAUAAUAUCGUUUUUUUUUUCUUUUUGUACAAACAAACAACAACAAAAAAAAAAGAAGACGCACUUGACACCGGCACAGUUGUGGACCAAUAUUUUAUUUUUCAUGUUAAAGAUGUUGAAAACAAAACAAAAUGACAAAAAAAAAAAAAAAUAAGACAUUAGAAGAAGAAGAAAAGAAAAGAAAAAAGAAAAAAAAAGGUAAUUGUGCACCUUCAACGUUAUGCGCUUGAAAUCUUUAAAGGUCAUCUACAUAUGCAGAAAAUAAAUAGAUUUUAAAAGACAAUCAAAGUAUUGAAUGUUAUACUUAUUUUUGUAACCAACGUUCUAUUUUUUUAGUGUUGUUUGUUUUUUUUUUGUUUUGAAUUUUCUUUCCAAAUAGGCCCAAAGAAGCAGUGAGCAUGCUAUGUGAGGCAUAUCCGGCUUAUGCUAAAUGAUAGAUGUUGCCCUCCUCCACCCUCCUCCUCCUCACCCCCCCCCCCCCUCUGUGGGUUUGUGCAGCUUGCAGCCCCCUCCAUGGGAAUUCGGAUGGUUUUUGGGUUGAACAGCCUCUCAUUUGAUGGAGAACCGAUUGACAUGGCAUGAUCCUUCAUGUGAACUGGUGGUGGAACCCAACCCUCUUUCAAAACACACAAAAACAAAUAUCACUGCAGACUUUUUUCCAAAGGGCGCAUUAGUUGCCUUGACAGAAAGACAAAGGAAGCCCACAAGUUGUUGUUCACAGUAAGCAGCGAACACUGCUUGCUCACUCGCCUCACAGUGUAGGAGACGCAUCACGCUCGACCUUGCCUGUGCAAAGAAUGUCCCAUGUGUGUGUGUGUGUGUGUGUGUGUGUGUGUGAAUUAUGUACAGAGCAGAAACCACACAGUGCACAUGUUCAUCUCAUUCAUGUCGUCUGUGGUCAGUCAACAGAAAGUUAUUUUUUUCCCGGAGGAAUGUGCUUCAGCUGUUGAUUGUAUGUUGGGCAGCACGACACACACAUGUAUAGAGAAAGGACCCCGAACAUGUGAGAAGCAGGAAAUGUAACAUGCUUUGUGACAAGAGGCGGAGAGGAGAGGUAGCAGCUGAGUUACAGUUAGGCCUAUUUAACUUCUUUGUAAUGUAGUGAGUGGUGCAUGUGUUUGCCUAGAAACUUGCAUGCCGUCAUGCUUUUGUUGGAUUGUGCUGUCUGGGAGGUGGGCUGUGCAAAGGCCCCAUUUCAGCACCACUCUUCCCCCCUCCUCACAUGUGGUAGAGAUGUGAACAAGGAGGGCUGGCGGUGGUGGAGACUGGUACUGCACUGACUUGUUGGAUUUCUACCUCCCAUGCUUCUCGCACUGUGGAUAUCACAAGGCAAGACUCCCUCCUAGCUGGUGUUUGCCUUUUUCCCGGUAGCGUUUAAAAAAAAAAAAAAAAAGAGAGAUUAUUAAAAGAUUAUUUUGCAACUAUAUAGAUCGCCGUGCUAAACUGCUGUUCUGACAUGUGCCGUGGUUCAGUUGGUCAGAUGAAGCUGAUCUAUGUUAGAUGUCUGCUUGGGUAUGCGUGCCAAGUGAGGAUGUGAUGGAGAUGAGAGUUUGGGAGAGGUGUGCAUGGGAGAGAGAGAGAGAGAGAGAGAGAUGGAAAGCAAAGGAGUCUGUUACAUAAGAGACAGGUUACAGCACCCAUGAGCCAGGGAUGGAAAGAGAGUGCUGUCGCACCUGAAACAAAUAGGUGGCGAGAUCCUCGGCGGCAGCCGCUGCCACCUGCCAAAGGUAGAUCAGGGUCAAUGAGUCUGAUAGGAGAUGUCAGAUGUUGAAUUCCCUUCACUUUGGUCUCAGCAGAAGCAUUAACAAGACGUGAGUGAAGCUGGACGAGGCCACUCGGAGUUUCCCCUCUCGCGCGAUAGAGCGGAGGCGGAUGAAAAAAUUCUGCCCUCCAGCAGAGGGAUCUUCCUCCUGACUUUCAUUACAGUGAUAUCUUAUGUAUUUAUUCAAUAUUAUGCAAAUGCAGCUUUAUGCACCCCCCCCCCCCCCCCCCCCCCCUGCAAUCUGAUCAGUGGCCUGUGCUCCCCCAUGGAAACUAUCAAUACACCUUCUCUUCAAUUUGGCUUUAUCCUGCAAGCUUUGUGAGAGAGAGUGUGUAAGGGUGUGUGUGUGUGUGUGUGGAUGGAGAUGUUUGCAUACUGGUGAGUGUUUGUGUUUUUGGUCUGAGUGUGAGUGUGUGUAUUCAAUGUGCGUGUGAACGUGAGCGACUGAGGAGGUGGAAACAGCUUUUGGCUUUUGGUGCCUUGCUUCGACGUGAGAAAAUAUAUAUAAAAAUUCGCCACAAGUGACAGAUGGCAAUUUAAGUGGCCCUACAAUGCUGCAGUCCAUUAGCUUACAUUGAAACUUCCUUUUACUCUUUUUAAAUGCUCGGCUUAGUCUGCCCCGAUAGUAGUAGAAUUAGGCUUUCUUUCUUUAAAGCAUGGCCGAUGAUUUCUUGAGUUUCAAGAAAGAAAAAAAAGGAAAAAAGAAUAGAAUGUAUAUGUUGAUGGAGCAGGCAGUGUGUGUGUGUGUGGGUGUGUGCAUGGGUUUGGGGUGUUCAGUGUCUGUGAGAGUUGUGAACAAUGACCAGUGUUUGUUUCUGUUGAUGAUGAGGUGUUGUUGGUUACUUUGAUAUUGGUCAGUAAUCUAUUAAUCAGAGAAAAGCACCGAGAUAUUAUUUACAACGUUGUGCAUCAUCUAUCUAGAGUAAAAACGGGGUUCAGAGCAAGAAAAAGAGAUUUUGUUCAGAUCAUAGAAAAUGUCUGUUGUUGAUAUUUCUGAAAGCGCCAAACGCCUUACUUCAAUGUUUAAUCUCUUAUCUAUCUGAAAACAAUGUGUUUAAAAAAAAAAAAAAAAGAAGUGAACAUUAGUACAAGUGACAUCAUUAUACACACAGGAGUACCUUAUAUGGGGUUUUGCGUUUCUCAAUGUUAUGAAAGUGUUGUAAGAUUUGUAUGAAUAAAUUUUUGUAAACAACA